CCAGCGGCCGCUUGGCGCUUCCUGUUUCCGGUUCCCAGAGUGGAGCACGGCGAGGCGCCGGAGGGAACGCUGGCUGUGACACGAGCUCUGGGAACGGGGUCUGCGGCUGGCCACUCGCUGGCCCUGUCUCCCAGCCCCAGACAGGCACCCACCCGGGGAGCCUGAACUUUGGCUACUCCCUUUGCCCACGACAUCACACCUUGCAGAAGUCAUCAACAACCUGCAGACACUUAACUCUUCAGCAAGGCCACAGCUGUCCUCUUUGUUGAAUACACGUUGCGCCCUGUCCUGAGGGGACACAGGAAGGACAGCAGUUUCUCCCAAAAGGAUGUUCCCCUUCUGCAGCUGCUGGAGGGCUAGACUACUGCUGCUGCUCCUGGCCGUCGUGAGAGAAUCAUGGCAGGCAGAGGAGAAAACCUGCGACCUGGUAGGAGAAAAGGGUAGAGAGUCAGAGAGAGAGUUGGCUCUACUGAAGAGGAUGACACCACUGUUUAACAAAAGCUUUGAGAGCACUGUGGGCCAGGGCCCGGAAAUGUAUAUGUACAUAUUUAGGGUAUGCCGGGAAGCUGGCAACUCCUCGGGGGCAGGCCUGGUGCAGAUCAACAAGAGUAACGGAAAGGAGACAGUGGUGGGGAGAAUCAACGAGACUCACAUCUUCAAUGGAAGUAAUUGGAUCAUGCUGAUCUAUAAAGGGGGUGAUGAAUAUGACAAUCACUGUGACAAGGAGCAGCGCCGUGCAGUGGUGAUGAUCUCCUGCAAUCGACACACCCUAGCGGACAAUUUUAACCCUGUGUCUGAGGAGCGAGGCAAAGUCCACGAUUGUUUCUACCUCUUUGAGAUGGAUAGUAGCCUGGCCUGUUCCCCAGAGGUCUCCCACCUCAGUGUGGGUUCUGUCUUACUUAUCACGAUGGUUGUGACUUUGUGUGCCGUUCUAAACCCCGAAAUGUGCCUGCUACAUAUCGUGGUGUGGGGGAUGAUCAGCUGGGGGAGGAUUCAGAAGAAAGGGAUGAUCAUUUACUACCAAUGUGAAUGCACUUUAUACCCCCGGCUUCUUCAGUCCCUAAACCAAAGCAUACUCGGCCAGAUUUCUCAAGCAGCCUCGAUCCAGUCUCUCAUCUCACCCUUAAUGUGGCUCUUGCUUUCCAGUUUGCAUCCUCUUCUCUCUAGUAAAAAUGCCUUCCCAUUGUUACCUAUUUUUGGUUUUUCCUCUAAAGGUACAGUUUUAGGUCAGAGAUAAAAAGGCCUGUGACAAAAGGCACUACUGAUACAAGAAGGUACAAGCACAGUAGUUACAAGCAAAAGCAUAUGGCAGGCUAGCUGACCUUUUUAAAUACAUAUAAGUUUUUGAGACACUGGAAUUCUUUAGUUAAAAAAGGUGAAGAAACGGUAUUUAUGCAAGGUUCAAUUGCUUUCAUGCUUACUCUGUACCCUACUCUCCAUGAGAAGCUUCAUGUGAUUUCUUGCUGCUUCCAACUACUUCGCAGUGAUUACUUGGUAGCAGUCCAAGUACUGCCAUUUGCUCUGAGCCUGGAGAUGAUGCAGGCCUUUUUCUCCCACCUCAGUUAGGAUGGGAAAAAUGUGAAGUUUCCCAAUUAGAGGAUUAUAAAGCACCAUCACAUCAUUCAUUGCAUUGGAAUAACUUUACAGCUGGAAUUCAGCCCUGGAUUGUGGUCUUGCAGUUUAGUCUAUAUGUAGCCAAAAUGCCUCAUCCACAAGUCUGGUCUGUCCGAAAGGGAAACCGAAAGUGACCUCCGUGCUACAGGAGUUCCAGAAAAGGGAAAUCUGUUUACUUUAUAGUGGGAUCCCUCUGAUAGCUUUUUCCUCCCACUUGUAGUAAAAGUACCAGUGUUUCUAAGUAUGUUGCACUUUCUUUACAGACCUGUUACUUUUUUUUUUUUUUUUUUUUUCAGUCUUCUGGAAAGGGAAUGGAGGCAGAAGUGGGAUACCUAGGGCCCUGCCAUUUUCUGCCCUGGGUAUGGGAUUCCCCUGCACCUGUCCCUGCUUCUGGCUUAAAGAAGUAUCUCCUUGCCCACAUUUCUGUAUGGAGAGGUUUUUAAUGUUCCGAUACUUCCACCUUUCUGUGUAAGCCAUGUGCCCAGAAAUAUGGCCCGAUCUUUAAUAGUGAACCUGUGCCAUUGAAGAGGAACAUGGCUGCACUGGACACAAGAGGGUGGAAUCAGUAGGCAGGUUCUUUUAUAGCCUUAGAGGGGAAAAUGAAAUUAUUUCAUCUUUGGACUUUUCAAUAUUAUUGGAAUGAUUUUUCUUCUUUCUAAACAGGGAAAAUGUUAUAAAAACAUCCUUUUGUUACUUGUUUGCAUCUCUUCCCCUACUCUGGUGUUUAAAAAAAAAAACUAUAUCAUUUUUUGUACAAAAGAAAAAACACUUGAAAGAUUAAAAAAAAAAAAAACAUGUUGGCCUAGUCAUUUGUAUGAAAGACGGUAGACACUGGAUUGGAGUAAGAAACAACUG